GUUGGUGCUAGCCAGCCUAGAAAGCCAGCUCGACUCUCCCAUUCACCUUCAGCAGCACCACGAGAAGUAGUUCUCCUGUGCAAGGGUGGGGUGAUGCUGCCUUAAGCUCUGUGUUCACCAUCUCUGAUCCUCUGAAUUUAAAGAAAAAGGAAAGGCCAUUGCGCGGUGCGAGUCUUGGGAGGAUGGAGUGGUUGCUGUGGGCUAGCAAGCCCUGAUUUGUUGUAAUGUAUUUGUCAUUAACAUGUGCUUAAUACAAAUGUAGGAAGGAAUGGGAACCCUAUGAAGAAGAAAGCUUUGAGCACCAACUGGACUCUCUGACAGUGGAAACUCCUCCUGGAUCUUACAUGCCUUUUUAAACAUACUGAAUCCAGUUGAAGAUACCCCUUUCCCCCCCCUAACUAUAUUUAACCACUUUUUUUUUACGUUCAUGUAUCUCUCUCUGUCUUCUAGCACAAGUACAGAAGUAGUAAUCCACGCUCCCCGUUUUUGUUUUUGUUUUUUACUUUCACCUUUUUGUUCCUUUGUAAAGAAAUGCUUUACCUGAAAAAAUACUUCACAGAGGGCCUGAUUCAGUUCACCAUCCUCCUGAGUCUCCUUGGGGUGCGGGUGGACGUUGACAGCUAUCUAAGCAAUCAGCUGCCCCCUCUGAGAGAGAUCAUCCUGGGCCCUAGCUCAGCCUACACUCAGACACAGUUCCACAACCUGCGCAACACGCUGGACGGCUAUGGCAUCCAUCCAAAGAGUGUGGACCUCGACCAAUUUUUUACCACUCGGCGGCUGCUGAACCAGGUGCGCCAGCUGGACCGCCUCUCCGUCCCCAGUACCGAGCUCAACGCCUGGCUUGUGCAUCGUGACUCUGAGACUGUGGUGUCCACCAGCAGCCAACCCAGCCCCAGCAUCACCCUGGACAAUGGGGGCGGCCUAGAGGACGUUAACAACCCUGACGCUACCCCGGCCAUGAGGGGAGGAAGUGUAGGAACUGAAUCCACGUACAACCUGAACGCAGAGGACAGCAGCCUGGGAGCCGUGGCCCCUGAGGGCAACCAGGAGCAACCGGGCAGCAGGGAUGGCAAUGAUGACCUCAGCAAAGAGGACAUUGACUUGAUUGACAUUCUAUGGAGACAGGACAUCGACCUCGGUGCGGGAAGAGAAGUGUUCAACUACAGCAACCGUCAGAAGGAGAGCGAGGAGGAGGAGAAGCCCAGCCCACGAGAGAACAAAGACGGGAAUGAGGAACAAGAGCGCUGGAGAAAUGGAGUUAACUUACAAGGUGCCCAGCCGGUGGACGGGGAGACCGGAGAGAGUAUCCCAGAGCAGCUCCCAGUUCUUGGCUCACAGACUUCACUGUCUCUACAAGAAUGCUUGAGGCUGUUGGAGGCCACUUUCCCUUUUGGAGAAGAAUCUGAGUUUCCAGCACCGGUUGUUGUCACGGCAGAAAUAGUUUCCAAUGAGGAAGUUCCUUCUACGUCUCAGGGUCUUCCUCUGGCUCCACUCCGGCCUACAGGAGAAACGCAGCUAGACCUGGAGCAGCAGUGGCAAGACAUCAUGGCCAUCAUGGAGCUGCAAGCGAUGGAAGUGAACAGCUCUUCACCCAACAGCAGCUCCAGCAGUGACAGCGGAACGACUGACUCCAACAGUGUGGUAAACUUUGGGCUUUCCACUCGCUCAACUCCGGUAAACCAGGACGUCAGCCUCCAUCAGGCCUCCCUCCCCAGCUGCAGCCAAGACUUCCCCCCCAUCUUUUACCCCCAGGUGGACUCCACUACCACCCCCCCAAGAACCACCAUGCUCAGACUUUCUUCCAGCAACUCCAGCAGCAUCAACUCCACGUUUGGAGCCACAAACCUGACCGGGAUCUUCAUCCCUCCACACGUUAACAGUUCCAGUACCAACAUUACAUCCACGCCGAUCCUUCCCGAUCCAUUCAGCAACCUUCUGGAAGAGUCCAUGCUGGAUGAGAUCAGCUUGCUGGACCUUGCUAUGGAGGAGGGCUUCAGCCAGGCCCAGGCCUCGCAGUUGGAGGAAGAGCUUGACUCAGAUUCUGGUCUCUCCUUGGACUCCAGCCACAGCCCGGCCUCCCCGAGCAGUUCCGAGACAUCCUGCUCCUCGGCAGCGUCUUCUUCUUCAACAUCCGCCACCUUCUCCGAGGAGGGGGCCGUGGGGUACAGCACCGACUCAGAGGUCGCCACCGCGGAGGAAGGUGCUGUCGGCGGUUAUCAGCCCGGGUACAGCAAGCUCUGCCGUAUGAGCUAUCAGAACCCUUCCCAGUUCCACGGCCUACCUCAGCUGGACAACAUCAGCCACAAUCACACGUACAACCUGCCGCUUUCCUCUGUGUUCGCCGAGGAUCCGGAGCUCCCCAUCUCAUCCGGGAAGAAGGCCAUGAAACACUCGAAGCUUCAGCCUCCUCAGGACUUGUACGACAAGCACUCAAGUCGGGACGAACGCAGAGCCCGGUCCAUGAAAAUUCCCUUCUCCAACGAGAAGAUCAUCAACCUGCCUGUGGAAGAGUUCAACGAGCUUCUAGCGAAGCACCACCUGAGCGAAGGCCAGCUGGCGCUCAUCCGUGACAUCCGAAGGCGCGGCAAGAACAAGAUGGCGGCUCAGAACUGCCGCAAGCGCAAGCUGGACACCAUCAUCAACCUGGAGCAGGGCGUCCACGACCUGCGGCGCAACAAGGGCCGCCUGCUGAAGGAGAAGAUGGAGUUCAUCCGUUCCAUCCGGCAGAUGAAGCAGAAGAUGCAAAGUCUGUACCAGGAGGUGUUCACUCAGCUGCGGGACGAGGAGGGCCGGCCCUACCCCCCCAGCGAGUACUCGCUCCAGUACAGUGCCGACGGCAGCGUGCUGAUCAUGCCCCGCGGCGUGACAACUGCUGAGCAACACCGUAAGCCCGAGAAAAAACAAAAAGACAAAAAGAAGUGAGGGGGGCGCUAACUGCUGUUUUAUUAUCACUUUGCUAAAUCAACAAGAACGAUUUCUGCAGAUGCAAGAGAGACGCCCUUUUUUCCUUUAAGAAGAUUCUGGUGAGUAGAAAAAUGGUAUUGUUGACUACACUUCCUGAAUUAGUUUCUCCCUUUUCAAUUUGUGGCUACAUUUUUUUCCUGGAAACAACUUUGAAGCAGAAGUAGCUCUCUCCGUUUGAGUACUGAUAUUUCAUUCUUUAAUUGGGGGAAAACAAUAAGCGCGAAGAAGAGGGAUGUAAAAGGACAUAAAAUGAGCUAUUAGAAAAUGUUUAGCAGCUCUCGACCCUUUUGCAGCAAACCGCUAAGGAGGGAGACGAUUUGUGAGGUAAAUAAAAGGGACUGCUAUUCGAGAGAAGUGGGAGUAAAAAGAACACUGUCGACGAGGACGGUUGGAGUACCUAUGCACCGGAGGUUUUAAAGGACAGAUCAUCCUAUCGUGGAGACUUUUUGUGAUUUCGACAGUGAGGUUUUUAAGUUGCAAAUCUUCAGGCGAAGAACAACAUUUGAGGUUCUGUGAGUUUACCAAAGGCUAAAGGAGGUCCAUCAGUUUUAGAAUGCCAUUAACACCUAUACUAACCAAAGGUUGUAUGGUGCACAUCACUGGAUCUGACUACAUUUUAAACACUGCACUCCAAUUGUCUGUUUAUGUACGGCAAAUUCCAGUUUUUGAGUAUGUUUGUCGGAGUCCAGAUGGCGCCCGAAGUGAUUGGGUUUCAUGUGCGGAUUGGAAGGAGGAUGUUGGGAUGAGAAAGAGUGUUCCUGGGCUGGCCACUGCUAAAAAAAGAAAAGGGCGUGAAAGUGAAGUCCGGCACGAGGAGCAGAUGGAUGUUUUAGGGAGGAGGCACACUGCAUUGCAAAAUGUAUCAACUUCCUUAUAAAUUAUACAUAGCACUGUAAUUUGUCUUUAAAAAGGCUUGGCUUAAUGCAUUUUGCCGUGUCUGUCGCUGUUCCUUCGCUGCGGGUUUAAAUACAGGAGCUGCGUUUAGGAGGGCUCUUAUUAACUGUUCAUAAUCUGUAGUAUAAGCAAGGUUAUAGGUCUCGCCACAUCAGCUUUAUAUAAAAGUCUACACUCUUUUUGUUGGUUUUGAAACUUCACACAGAGCCUGUAAUCAUAAGAGGAAUUGAAGAUACUGUGAUGGGCCAGGAGCUCCAGAGAGGGAUUUCCACCUCAAGGUUUGCCCUUUUUUUUUGUCCUCUUUGACGCCUCGUUUUACGCACUAACUGAAAACAGGCUCAGUUGAAGCCUGGUGGAGCGGAAUCCCUUUUUAAUUUAAUUUAUUUGCCAACCCCACUGAAAGCCACUUUAGGCCAUUUUUUAACUGCUGUAAAGCCAAGGUGUUGGCUUAAAUAUUAUGAGUCCUAUGUGUUAAUAAAACAAAGUGAGCCAAGUUGUUACAUGAGAAAAAAAUAAUAUUUGAAUGCGUGAUAUGACUGUGUGUGUUGUGGCCACUUUGCUUUGAAUGCCUUUAUUUCACAAUCUCAUUAUCUGUCACUUUAAAUGUUUUGAGAACCGGAAGAGAACGUUCUCAAAGUAGAAGUGCUAUUACUCGUCUAUUUGAAUGAAGUUUUGUCAGUACAUGUAACAUCGCCCUCUUUUUAAAAAGAAAAAAUAGGUUAUUAGUGCCAGCUCAGAUAGCGGUUAGGCUAAAAUAUUUAUAAGAGGCAGAACAGAACUCGCAACUUUAAGAUGAUGAAAAAAGUUUUUGGAAAGGAGAAAUGUCCUCAUUAAAUGUGAUAUUCAGGCAUGCAACUGGUUAACAUUUACUUCAGUGUAACCCAGUGCGACACCGACUAUUUAGUUCUGCUACUACUUUGUGCACUUUUUUUGUCUGUCUUGUUGUGUAAAUAUUUUCAUGUUUGUUUUUGUCAUGAUUUUAUGUAGUUUGUCAAGCGUCUCCAUAACGGUCUCACACUCUGCUUUCAGUUUGGAUGUAGUUCCCUCUGUUUUGAGAUAUUUGCCGGCAAUCAAGAAUUGUUUUUAUCGAUUAAUAAAGUGUUUUUAUUUUCA